UCCACCCAAGUCGGGCUCCAGUGUGACAUUCCUGCCUGAGAAAGGAAUGAUGAAGUGAGACUACAGUUGCAGACAAGUGACACCCAGAAGCCAAAAGCUUCUGUAAGUACCAGGUCUGCACAAGACCCAAGCCAAAGCAAUGGCAUUGUCGCUGGAAGAAUUCAUCCACUCCCUUGACCUCAGGACCCUCCCCAGGGUCCUAGAAGUCCAGUCAGGCUUCUAUUUUGAAGGUUCUAUUUAUGAAAUGUUUGGAAAUGAAUGCUGUUUGUCAACAGGAGAAGUGAUUAAAAUUACUGGCCUCAAAAUUAAGAAGAUCAUAGCUGAAAUUUGUGAACACAUUGAAGGUUGUGAGGCUCCACAACCAUUUGAACUGCCUAUGAAUUUUCCAGGUCUUUUUAAGAUUGUGGCUGAUAAAACUCCAUACCUCACUAUGGAAGAAAUUACAAGAACCAUCCAUAUUGGACCAAGUAGACUGGGGCAUCCUUGCUUCUAUCAUCAGAAGGAUAUAAAACUAGAGAAUCUCAUCAUAAAGCAAGGUGAGCAAAUCAUGCUCAACUCAGUCGAAGAGAUCAAUGGAGAAAUAAUGGUGAACUGUGGUGUGCUAAGGAAUCAUCAAAAUCACUCAUUUACUUUGCCUUUGUCACAAGAAGGAGAGUUCUAUGAGUGUGAUGAUGAACAUAUUUAUACCCUAAAGGAAAUUGUCCAAUGGAAGAUCCCCAAGAACAGAACACGAACUGUGAAACUUACAGACUUUUCAAAUAAGUGGGACUUAACAAAUCCAUUCCCUAAAGGCUUUUAUGGUGCUGUGAUUCUCAAGCCUGUUUAUGAAAUUCAAGGUGUGAUGAAAUUUAGAAAGGAUAUAGUCCGUAUCCUCCCCAGUUUAGAUGUUGAAGUCAAAGACAUUACAGACAGUUAUGAUUCCAACUGGUUUCUUCAGCUGUUAUCUACACAAGAUCUUUUUGAAAUGACCAGUAAAGAGUUCCCCGUAGUGGCUGAAGUCAUAGAAGCGCCCCAAGGAAACCAGCUACCCAGAAACGUUUUACAACCUGGGAAAACCAUUGUGAUCCACAAAAAGUGCCAGGCAUCAAGGAUCUUAGCUUCAGAAAUUAGAAGCAAUUUUCCUAAAAGACACUUCUUGAUCCCCCCUAGCUAUAAAGGCAAAUUCAAGCGGCGACCUCGGGAGUUCCCAACCCCCUAUGACCUUGGGAUAGCAAAGAGUGAAAAGGAGCCUCUCCACGUGGUGGCCACCAAAGCCUUUCAUUCCCCCCAUGACGAGCUGUCAUCUGUAUCUGCCGGGGACCAGUUUCUAGUGCAACACUCACAGACGACGGAAGUCCUCUGUGAAGGGAUCAAAAAAGUGGUGAACGUUCUGGCUUGUGAAAAAAUCCUCAAAAAAUCCUAUGAGGCAGCACUGCUCCCUUUGUACAUGGAAGGAGGUUUUGUAGAAGUGAUUCAUGAUAAGAAGCAGUACCAGAUUUCUGAGCUCUGUGCACAGUUCCACUUGCCCUUCAAUGUGAAGGUUUCUGUGAGAGAUCUUUUCACUGAAGAAGACAUUUUGGCCGCUACACCAGGACUACGGCUGGAGGAAGCUAUCACAGACUCUUAUCUACUCAUAAGUGACUUUGCCAACCCCAAGGAGUGCUGGGAAAUUCCUGCUGGCCGCGUGAAUAUGACUGUUCAGUUAGUUAAUAAUUUGUCUGGGGAUCCAGGAUCAUUUCUAGUCAAGACUCUGGUUGAAGAGAUCCCUGAAGAACAGUAUUAUAUGAUGCGGAGAUAUGAAAACUCUUUCUCGUACCCCCCACCUCGCCCUCCCAAACAUCCCUCCGUGGAGGAAACAAAGUUAAGCCUGCUCAACUUAGCAGAAGAAAAGACAGUGGGUCUGCCCAAGUCUCCCAAGAGUCUCCAUGUAGACAGAUCCAAGAAACUGCACUCAAGUCAAGCUGGCCUGGAUUCCAAAGUACCAGUUGGUUGUCAAAAUGAUUUGGCUGAUCUGGAGAAAGAGAAGAGAAAGACUGGGAAAACUGCAGUAGCAGGCACCAGUGCAACCACAGAAAUUUUCAAAAAUGAAAAACGUCAAAAAUAAUGAGAUGUGACUGAAGCCACUUGGGCAGUGAACAUAAAUGUUCACAAUGGAAAAGCAAGCCUAGCCUUCUAGCUGAAAAAACAGCUAUUCCCCAGUGAACCCCAGAAGAAACUUGACUGGCCACUGCAAAGGAGAAAACAACCUUAAAAGUUUUAACAGGUAAAACUUAAAGAGCAACCUGUGAUAUGGAAUUCACAUAGUCUAUUCUGCUGUGCCGAAAUCUAUGUGCAUUGUUUUAUUGUUACUUAGGACAUGUUUAUUUAAUGUGCACACUUUUUUGUGGUUCUCAUUCCCACUGCUGACAAUUAAGCAAUUGGAAAUUAAUUUUAUAUUUUAGUUUCCGAGUAAAACCAGUUGAAAAUAAAAGCUCACCAAAUAUUUUCAUUUUUCUCAAUUUGUUUUACCUCUUUUUAGUGUUACCAUCGUUACUGUUAAAAAUAACAAAAAAAUAAUUAGAUCUGAGAAUGAUCUAAAAUAAUCAGGUUUCUUAUCUGAUUCCCUUGGAGCUGUGGAAAUGAGUUUGACUUCACAUUUUCAUUUUGUUUUAGAAAUACAUGGUGAGUAAGUGUGUUUGAGACUUGACAGCCAAAGCCAUUGUUAGUUACAGGAAUUUUCCAUUACUUUCUCCCCUGUCCCCUAAUAACCAGAGUUCAUUACUGCAAUAUCACCGAAGAUCUGAUAAUAUGCCUUAUUAUUUUAUGUACUGUACACUAGAUAACUCUUUAGAUAAAUGUUUAUUAGGAUAGUAGGAAAGCCAUUUCAUUUAUUUAUUAUUUAUGUAUUAAGUAUACAGGUACAACAUUAUUUUGCCUCUAACAAAAUGAAGAGACAGAGAAUUAUACAGGAAUUUAAUUGCCAGCUUUGGACUUGGUUCACAGGUUGUACUCUAUACAAAAAUUUACGUAAUCUCAUAUCUCAUAAUUAUUUUACAUUAUGUAUAGAAAUUAUUCAUUGGUUUAGUACUAAAGAGUUUCUGAAGAUAACAAAUCAUGAAAAACUUUUCAACAGAAAAAAAUUACAGUUAGAAAUCUUUCAUACAAUGUUUAUAUUUCUGAUUUAGCUUACUUUUUGUAUCUUUUUUUUCUUCCUUUUUCAGUGGAAAUGAACCCUGAUUUCCAAUACCCUAAGGAUUAUUUAGGGAUUUGAUGUGGUAAUAUAUUGUUAUUUAUGAUUUCUAAAAUUUUCUGAGAUGGUUUAACUUUUAUUUAUUUUGCUUGUUUGCGCCCAUAAGAACAAAAACUUUUAAAAGUUUAUGUCCCCAUAUUUGAUUAUUGAAGUCCACUGAGAAUCCUUUCUCAACAACCUUGGCAAACUCAUAGAACUCAUUGGCCAGUUUGUUAUUUUUCAAAGAAUAAUGAAAGCCUAGUAUUUUUAUUUGGUAUAUGAGAACAAUUAAAUCUGUGCUUUUAGUAGGUACAGUUCUUUCAUUAGAAAAUCUAGAGAAUGUAUGUCUUAGUUUGGUCGUAAGUCAUCCAGAGCUUUCUAGUGGAAAUUAUAUAUAACAUUUCUAACAAUGUAAUUCCUUUUAUGUACUGUGCUUCCAGCUCUCUUGAAUUUGAAAGGUGUAAUAAACUUCAUGUUCAUCUAUGGAAGAUUUUGGGAGGUUGAAAAUAAAUCUUCUUUCGCGUGUG